CUUUGCUUGGCAACCCCAAAACCUGCAAAGGACGAUCGCGCUGAAUGCGGGUGGGAGGAAACAUCAGACCUAGAUGCAAACCAACCACUCCAAGCAGAACCCGAGAGCGACGGCAACGUGAGCGGGAGGGAAGUUAAGAGCGUGACACCCGCUGCUGCCUCGCGGGAGCCAUGGCAACUGCAGCGAGCGGCCUUCGACAGGGAGCGAGGCGGGCUGGGCUUUGAUUCAAAGCCAAGCUGCAUUUAGUUGAACAUCCUUGUAACUAGCUGGGCAGACAACUCUGGGACGCAUGUAUCAGAGCAGAUGGACCUGAGCAGGCAUUGCAGCAGCUCCAUCCCAGACUAUUCAGAGGAUACGUUUACAUCUUUCAGAGAAGGAGAGGAGGAAACCUACAGACAAUAUGAAAAUGACCCAUUUGAAUCUUAUUACUCUGGAGAGGAGUCAGAAUGCCGUGCUGUGUUGGAUCUGUCUGAAAGCAUAUGGCAAUCAUCAAGUCAAAAUGAUGAAGAUCAAAAACCAGAAGUUUUGGAAUCUGCAGCUGUAAGAGAAUAUUUAACUAGAAAAUGGAUCAGUCUCCUGCAAGAAAACAAAGCUAGCACUCGGCUAGCUAAACCUGCCAUUGAACCAAUUAACAAAAUUAUUGAGGUAUCUGAGAAAGAACUGAGUGCUCUACAAUCCUUUUGUGCCAUCAAAAUAAAUCAGCUCCAUCAUAUGCCAAGCCCAAUGCCAUUGAAGAGGAGCAAGCGUAAUGAACAGAGGCAUGGAUUCACUUCAGAGAAGCCGUUGACAUUUGAUUUGAAUUGCACAGUCCCUGAUCAACUACUGAACAGACUCCGUCUGAAAAAUAUCAAGGAGAUACUGAAACAGGUAGCAGACACUGAAAUGCAUCAACCUUCACAAUGUGCCCAUUGCACCAAGAAAAGAGCAGAGCUGGCUGAUGAUGCUUUUCUCCGACGAUGGAAGGCCUUGAUGGAAGAGGUUUUACUUAAAGAGAAGUUGGAAGACUACAUGUAUACCAAAGAUUCCCUCACCCUCAUUGGAGAAAUACACAGAUGUCUUCCAAAGCUGUCUGAGGAUCCCAGGAACAUAUGGCAGGAACUGAAUGAGAGAGGUCUGAAAGUAUAACACCUAGAUGGGUUAGAACAUUGAUCAAAUCCGCACAAACUGAGCUGUGCAGGAUAUAUUGGACAAACUAUUUUCUGGACAGAUAUGCCCCUUGCGAUUGAUUUGGUUUCUGGGGUCCAACUCUACAUCCUGUCCCAGAGUCAACAGAGCAAUAUGCUGCCAUCUAACUAAAUAUUUCUUUCAGAUCAUAAAAGGUAGUUUAUUCUUAUUAUCAUUCUGAUAAGCCAUAAGUACGGUUUUGGUGAGUUUCCUUUCAUGAUUUGGGAGCUGUGCACAGUUGCUUCUACCUGUAAGGAAAACAAAUGGCUUUUUUAAGGCAGAGAGAUAUAAGGAAGAUUAGGUUUCUGCACAGUCUGUGUCUGGUGCCACUGCUUAAAUUGAAAGCUGGAGCCCCAGGUAGAAGGAGAAACAGUGGAGCAAGAGGAAAGUUCCAAAGGAAGAGCAGAAGAGGUUAAAUGGAGUGGGUUUUCUCUAUCUUUCUGAAAACACUAACAAUAUGAACUGGAAUUAAUCCAUUACCCUGAGGAUUCCAAGACAAGAAGCAGAGAUAUUAAAAAAGUAAUGUUAGUUUGUUGAACAAAGCAGUUGACAAAACUCGAAUAAAAUGUUCAAAUGCUGUUCUUACA